UCGAACAUGACUGAGAAGAUUGAGCUGCCCUUCCGGCUGGACACUCAGCUGACGGAGGUGAUGCGUCUGCGGGUCCAGUCUCUGCAGCAGCGCAGCCAGAAGAGGCAAGAAGGCGAGCGUUUGCUGCGGGCCAACGAGGCCGUCUACCAACUGGACUUCUCUAAACAAUCUCUCCAGUUUUCACACUGGUCAGUGCACCUGGCUCAGCCAGGAAGCCUCACCAUCACGGCCAUCUCACAGUUCUGGACGCCAGACCUCACCAACCUGAUGACACGACAGCUGCUGGAGCCCGCCGGGGUUUUCUGGAGAGCGCCUAAUGAUGCUUCGGACGCACCCAUUCAGUGCUAUGAGGCUGACGCGGCUGAAUUUGGUGAGAGGAUCGCAGAGCUGGCCAAGGUAAGGAAGGUGAUGUACUUCCUGUUUGCAUUUGCAGAAGGCUGCAGCCCUGAGACUGUCGACUGCUCCAUCACCUUCAACAUGGACAACUAACACGUGGCAAAA